AUGACCACGUCUAAAUUACAAGGUCUAAAGCCACAGAGUCUAGUCGCCGAGCGAGACUUUACGUUCGGCAUGGAGCCGAAGGAGGAGCCGGCUCCAAUGGAGAAGAUGCCGGAGAAGGAGAGAGUGGUCGAGGUCCAGACAAACCUCCUGGCACCACAACGAGCUUCAGAAAUCAUAGAGGCAUCCUUGCCCCCAAGUCUCAUAUUUUACAGGACUCCCAUAAGCGCCCCUGAGCCGGAAGCCCCCAUUCAUCAACCGCCCAGCCGAUCAAGAAGAGCCACCAGCUCAGCCGCUGCAGAACUUGAGGCGGCGUCAGUGCCUUUGCCGAAACCCUCCCAGCCUCAAUUGAUCACUAUAUUUGGUUCUGUGUCCACGGCAGAUAUGGCGGAAUCGAUAAAGGCAGUCCUGGCAGAAAAAUCGGGAGGAGCAAGGGUCGUAAUCGGGGCAGAAGAUAUAGCCAUUGUCCAAGAUGAGGAUGAUGAGUUGGGGCAUCAAGAUAACGGCAUCGAAGGAGAUAGGUUGAAGGCGUUAGGCGACUUUCAAGUGGCAAUACGGGUCAAAGGCGGAGAGGCGGUAGUCAGAACCGUGAGCGUGAAAGCACAGGAGACCAGCCAGGCAUAG